GUUUACCCAAGUAUUAAUUAAGUCGAUGAACUACUAUAAAUUAGUUGAGAUUCUCAUUCGUCACGUUUCUGCCGGCUGGGCUGAGUUGUCCCGGCUUCUUUUUUCUUGGUCAUUCCGUCAUUCAUGUUCAACAAUGUCCUUCCUUUCGAAUUUCACCGCCUCUUUUCCCGGCGAGAGGCCACCGUUUAUUCCACCAUACUCCCAAUUCAACUUACAUUCGCUUCCUCCCAUCAGUUCUAGACCCACUAUUAGGAUUUCCCCACCCUUCCAGGACACAUUUCGGGUCUCCCACGUUGGUAGGUCGAGUAGAUACAGCAGAAAACGAAGCGUAUGCAUGACAUUGAUAAAUGAGAGGCUUGGGCGUGAUCGAGAUAUAGCCGAUCCGUCUUCUAUACUGGCAUAUGAGCUAGUUCAAGGGAAACUUGUAAAGUGGAGCUCUAUGGUAGUACUGAACAGGUCAAUUCCAGAGCCACCAACAGCUGUUCUCUUGCAUGGAAUUCUUGGUAGCAGAAAGAACUGGGGGUCUUUUGUUCGGCGGCUGGCACAAGAAUUUCCAACAUGGCAGUUUGUUUUGGUAGACUUGCGGUGCCACGGUGACUCAGCAUCAAUCAAGACGAGAGGUCCACAUACUGUUGCUUCAACUGCUUUAGACGUGCUAAAACUAAUUGCACAACUUAGAAUAACACCCCGUGUCCUAAUUGGCCAUAGUUUUGGAGGAAAAGUUGUCCUGAGCAUGGUCGAACAAGCAGCAAAGCCACUUCCACGACCAGUUAGAGUUUGGGUUCUGGAUGCCACUCCUGGAAAAGUUCGAGCUGGCCAGGAUGGCGAGGACCAUCCAGGGAAGCUAAUAUCUUUCUUAAGAAAAUUGCCUAAAGAGGUUUCUUCAAAGAGGGACAUUGUGAAUGCUCUCAUUCAGGAAGGGUUCUCAAAGGAUGUUGCGCAGUGGGUUGUCACUAAUCUUCGACCAACUGGUGCUGCUAGUUCUUCAUCAUCAAGUUUCUCGUGGGUGUUUGACCUUGAAGGGAUUUCAGAAAUGUACGAGUCCUAUGAAGAAACAAAUUUAUGGAGAGUGGUGGAAAAUCUACCUCGUGGUGUGCAUGUUAAUUUUUUGAAAGCAGAAAGGAGUUUGCAUCGAUGGGCCCUUGAAGAUCUUCAACGGAUUCAUGCUGCUGAAGAGUCUGCUGCUGACGAGGGCGGUGGAGUAGAGAUGCAUGUCCUUGAAGAUGCUGGACACUGGGUACAUGCAGAUAACCCAGAUGGACUCUUCAGGAUUCUUUCAUUUUCUUUCAAGGGAGUUAAAGCUUAAAGGGGUUGUAUGCUUUUCAAAUUUUGAUAUCUGUUAGACUCUUUUUUGGGUUAAAGUACACGUCCAACACAUUUAAAUAUGAAUAGGAGGGUAUGAUCCUGAAUAGAGUGAGCUGGAUACAUACUUGUAUCCUACAAUCAUUCCCGAGUACUGGUAACCUAAGCUUUGAGUUGCAUGAAAUCAAAAUUAGCCAUUUAUCUUA